CUGCAACUAGAAUAUCUUCGAUGCUAUUCAGAUAUCUUAUCUACUUGCUUCCAAUCUCUAGAUCACACGUGUGAUGUUCAUUUCCAUGGAUACUACUCAUGUGGACACGCUCGUGGAUUGUAUACCCAAAAAGUAAACAAACUUGAGCACUUCUCUAUCUCGCCUCUGCUGUCGUUGACUCUACAAUCCAACGAACUUGAUCUUCAAUGACCAGACGUAUGCUGUGAUGAACAGCUACUUGACCUCAUUUCUGCUCGGCAACUCGUGCCGUGAAGUCGGCUAGAAUCGGACGAUGGCCGAGGGUGAGACAUCUUAUCAAAGCAAUACAUACCUUAUCGAACAAGCAAGGAUGGCAGCAUCAAUUCCCGACAGAAGCGCCUUCAGCUCGCGAGACUCCGUGGCACACAUUUGGCGGGACCUCGGACUCCCAGAAGACAGCCUCCAGUCGCUCGACAUCACUGACCCGGAAAAGCCCGGUCUCCCAUCCUCCUACAAGAUCGGACAUCUUGCACAAGCAUCCAUCGCCCUCUCGACGUUACUCGCCGCGCAGAUCCACAGCCUGCGGAACGACCACCCCCGCCCACCAGCCGUGACCGUUCCCUUCCGCCACGCCUGCGUGGAGUUCAAUUCCUGGCGACUGUACACCGUUGACGGCAAGCCUGUUCCACGCACAGCUGGUAGCCCUGUCGGGGGCUUACAUCGAGCUUCCGACGGCUACGUCCGCGUGCAUGAUGGGUUCCCAAAUCACCGCGACGGAGCCAAGGCCCUCCUCGGCUGCUCGUCGGACGUGACAUCCCGGGAGGAGGUCGCUGCCAAGGUGGCUGCGUGGCGGUGCGUGGACUUGGAGCAGACGGGAAUCGAAUCCGGUCUCGCGAUGGCUGCACUACGGAGCUACGAGCAGUGGGAUGUUCUUCCCCAAGCCCAAGCUAUUGCGGACACUCCGAUCCGUCUACGGAAGAUAGGAGACGCCCCGGUGGGGCUUACGGACCGUAUGGGUGCUGGUGCGGAUAAAUGUCUGCGGGGCUUGCGAGUGCUGGAGAUGUCUCGCGUGAUUGCGGCACCCUUGUCCGGAAAGACGCUCGCCGCUCACGGCGCGGAUGUGCUGUGGGUGACCAGUCCCAAUCUUCCUGAUCUACCGGAGCUGGAUCGGGAGUUGGGUCGCGGGAAGAGGACGAUCCAGCUGGACUUGCAGGAGCAAAAGGAUGCAGAUGAGCUUUUCAAGCUGCUGGAUGAGGCAGACGUCUUCCUCCAGGGUUACAGACCCGGCAGUCUGGCGGCUCGCAAGCUGUCACCGGAGGCGAUCGUGCAAAGACGCUCGGGUCGCGGGAUCAUCUGUGCGAACAUGUCUGCAUAUGGUCCGGAGGGUCCGUGGUCUGGCCGCCGCGGAUUUGACUCCCUAGUCCAAACGUGCUCGGGGCUGAAUGUGUCCGAGGCCCAGCACUUUGCCGCUGGCGAAGCAGCCCGCCCACUACCGUGUCAGGCUCUGGAUUAUGCGGGAGGGUUCUUCCUCGCAGCCGGUGUCAUGGCAGCGCUGUACAAGCAGGCGACGGAGGGCGGCUCGUGGCAAGUGGAUGUCUCCCUAGCUGGAGCGAUGAAGUACUUGCGCUCGCUGGGACAGUACGAAGGCAAGUCUGGAUUCGACGCGCCCGAUUAUAUCCGCCCAGAGGACGUGCCCUCGGAGUUUCUGGAGACGCAUAUGACGGGAUUCGGAGAGAUGACUUCGGUGCGACAUUCAGGGUCAAUCGAUGGGGUGGAGGUGGGAUGGGAGAUCAUGCCGAAACCACUGGGCUCUGACGAGAAGCAAUGGUUAUAAGCAGUGUAUGACAGGGGGGACAAUCACUCACCUGUGCUCCAGUCAACCCGGUGUGUCACGAUGGCUGCUAUCGCGCAUUCCUGC